GAUAUCGAUACGCACACACCUCACACACAUACAGAAUAGUAUUUUCGUGCAUUAUUUACAGUUAACAUCAGCGUGUGUAGAGUGGAGCUGCAGCAGCCAACUGCGACGACGUCAGCAGCAGCGGGGGUGUAAACAGUAUUGAUAUUUGUGGUUGUUGUGUUUGUUGUUCGCCGCCAUGAGCUGGUUCGAGAAGGCCAAAACGGUGCUGAUCGAGGCACUGGACAUCCAGGACGAUGACAGCAAGGCAGCGGCCAUCACAGAUAAAGCGGACAAAGGAGCCGCUAGCACCAGCAGUGGCCAGCUUAAGGAGAGCGACGGAGCAGGACCAGUGGCAGGCACAUCCUCCUCUAGUUCCUCGGUUCCUGCCACCCCCGCCGCCGGCGACACGCCCACAUUCUUUGACAAUCCGCAUGCCAACGAAAUGGUCACCAUUCCGCCCAGGGCCAGCGAUCCUGCAAACACCACGACCACCACAAACACAUCGACACCGUACGCCAAGCGUCAGUCGGCCACCUCGGAUUCGGUGGACCUGCUCUCCUCGCCCACAUCACCCGUAGAGGAGGUAUCUGCCUCCGUCUCCGCUUCUGUUUCCGCCUCCAUUUCUGCCGGCAACAAACGUCAUUCGGAAUCUUCACUGGAACUCAUCACGGCGACCACGGCCAGUGAGCUGGAGAUGGAAAUGGAGCUAUCACCGGACACGGAGCCCUCGCUGCCCGACAGCAUUGUGAUCAUAGCCAGCAACGAUACCUCGGAUAAUGCCGAAGGCGAUGGCGAGGACGACGAAGAUGAUGAUGAGGAGGAUGAGGACGAGGGCACACAGUUAGAGCGGCAUAUGGAAGAUCAUCUUAACGACUCCACCAAGACGAUGAAGGCCUUGGUAUUCAGCGACACCCAGGCAGCUGGCAAUGUGGCUGCCGGGGGCGCCGAUUCCGAUUCCACGCAGAGCUUCGAGGACAUUCAGAUGAUGCAGCUGAGCCACAAGGGUGCCUCAACCUCGGGCAAGUCACACUUGACCACCAGCCCCAAUGCCAAGCCAGAGAUGAUGGUGGACCAAAGCUAUUCAUCCACAUCGUCAGACAUCGAGAUCAUCUCAAAUCCGAACGGUGACUCCAGCACCAACAGCACCACAACACGAACGAGUCCACAAAAGUUCAAGGAGCUGGCAGCGGCAGGCAAGGCGGCGGCUGCUGGCGGCGUUGGUUGCUCUGGCAGCGCUUUAAAGCCCAAGGGCCAUCAUCGCGAACCCUCAGAGAUCUCGCUGCUGUCGGAGGACUCGCAAUCGGAGCUGGACAAGCUGGUGCACCGCAUCAGCGAACUGAACCAGGUGAUCGAGGCCCGCGAACAGCGUCUGCUGCAGUCGGAGCGACAGAAUGCCGAACUCCUGGAGCGCAAUCAGGAGCUACGUGCCCGCAUCGAGGCGGCCGCCAACAGUGCCAACAGUCCCGAUGCCGCCGAUGAUGCUGUGCAGCGUCUGUCUGCUCUGGAGAAGAAGUUCCAGGCCAGUAUCCGGGAGCGUGAUGCUCUGCGCAUUCAAAUCAAGAGCCUGCGCGAUGAACUCCAGAACAAGAUACCCAGGGAUGAGCUAACCGAAUGCAACGAGAUGAUAGCCGGCCUUCAAUCGGAGGGGGAGAAGCUCUCCAAAGAGAUACUCCAGCAGUCAACGAUCAUUAAGAAGCUGCGGGCCAAGGAGAAGACCUCGGAUACGCUGCUUAAGAAGAACGGUGAGCAGAUCUCGCUGUUGUCCAGCGAAUCGGAGCGACUGAAGCGUUCACUGGCCGCCAAGGAGGAGAUGGAGCGCACCCAGAUCGAGGCCGUGUGCCGGAUGACGGCCGAGAAACGACGGGCGGACGAUGACUACGCCGAGGGACGUGGUCGUAUCAAGGACUUGCAGUCACAGCUGGCCGCUCUUCAAAUCAAAUUCGAUAGCCUCGAGUCAGACAUCCAGAAGCAGGCACGCCUCAAGCACGAACGCAUGCGAGCCGAGCACGAUGAGUUCGUCCAGCAGAACUCCGAUUUACGUGAGAAGCUCCGUCUUGCCGAGCACAAUCUGGUGCGGCGGGAGCAACAGCUGCGCGAGGAGAACCGACAACUAGUCUGCCGCCUGGAAGCGGCCGAACUGCGGGCAGAGAGCUCCACCCAGGAGCUUAGUGCCACCACAAGCCCACUUAUACGACAAAUAGAGUCCCUGCAGCGUACGCUGGACCAACGUUCGGCGGGCUGGAAUCGCGAGGAACAGCAGCUGCUCCAAAAACUGGACGCUGCCGAGGUGCAGAUUCGUUCCCUAACGCACUUGAAUACGGUCCAGGAGGAGAAGUAUGCCUUGCUAAGCACCCGUAGCGCUCAGGUCGAGGAGAAGCUCUCGAGUGCCCUGCUGGAGGCCACAACGCGGCAGAGGGAGUUGCGCCAGCUGGAGGCCAAUGCCACCGGCAAGGACAAUGAUUUUAAGAAGCAAAUCAACUCUUUGGAGGAGAAAAUUCAACAGCAGACAAAAACCAUAGCUGAACUGGAGCAACUAUGUAAGCAGCAGCAACAGCUGGCGAAGGCGGAGGCGGAUCACCAUAAGCAACUGAAGCCCCACAGUAGUUUGCUCACCGUGGAAGCCGUAGAGAUGGCCGGAAGGAUGCAACAACAGCAACAGCCACACAUGACCACAAAAGCCCAGCCAGGGGCAGUUCGUUCCUCGCCACCGAUGAGCCUGGUGGAUGAUGAGGAGGAGGCCCUGGGACACAUAAUAGACUGGCAGGCGGAUGAUCUUGAUUGCGCUUCCAAUUCGGGCCGCCAGCCAUCGGGCAUUAUUCAGGGCGUUCAUCUCAAUUUUCUAGCGGCCAACACUACCACCUCGACGCUGGAAAACUUGCAGGCUCUGCUGAAGCAACGUGACGGCGAGCUAACCCAUAUGCAGUGGGAAUUGUCGCGCCUGCGAGCCGAACGCGAUGUCCUGGACGGCGAGAUAUCCAAUGUUACCUUUGAAUUGGAGACAUUUAAGGAGAAAGUCGUGGAGUUUGAGGAGAUGCAGACGGAAUACGUGGAUCUGCAGCAUCGCUACGAUGCCCUGCUGCAGAUGUAUGGCGAGAAGGUGGAGCGCACCGAUGAGCUGGAGCUAGAUCUCACGGAGCUGAAGGCCGCCUAUAAGCUGCAGAUUGAUGAAUUGCUUGCAGCACCGCCGCCGAAUCUGCAACUCAUACCGAAGCAGACAUGAUUGUCGCUGGAGCGCCGGCUUGUUGUCUCGCUGCCAUGUCUACGUCGUCGUGCAACGUGGCCAUCGUAGCAGUUCCCAUUCCCACAAAUAUCCCAUGUAAAUGCGACUUAGUAUAAAUAUCUAUGAUUUGCGACA